AUGGGGAUUAUCGUCUCGUUUUUAUUCCCCCGCCACUCCAUGGACACCCAACUAUCCGUCUCGAGCCAAGCCUCCUCGUCCUCCCGCUCCUCGUCCCCCAAGCCCGACUACCCGCCUUCCCCGCUGUCCGAGCGCGCACCUUCUCCGCCCACUGACCGUUCCGUGCCCCCGGAAAAGCAUCAAGUGUUGGCAUCACCACCUCUGGAAUCUCUCCCUUACAGUUCGCACGCCAUCGGUAUUGGCAUCCUUUCGCCCCAACUUAUCAUCGGGCCCCUCGCUCCUAUCACUCGCGCGAGCCUUUCGCCACUGCAGCACAAGUCGUCGCCGUCCCAGCAGUGCUCUAACCCGUUUGAUUCGCAGACUUCUCACCCCGCCAACUGCUCGUCGUCCGCCCUAUCUACCGCCCCGGCCGAUGAUCCCCAGUCCACCCAGUCUUUUCCAGCUUCCUUCAGUGGGAGCGCCGGGGCGUCUGGGUUACGCAUCUCUAUCCCCCCGCCCAAUCCUACCAUCUCCACGUUCACGCCUUCGCCUCCAUUACGCAUACCACCCGCGAUAGACCCACUCCCGACCAGCCCAAGCGCACCUCUCGAUCUAGUCCGUCCCCUGCAUGUCGGCGUUGAUCUGGCGCUCUCCCCUGCCGACAUCACCUCCCCGUCUGUGGAUCCCGUUCUUGAUUUCACCGAGUUCGAUGCCGACGGCCUCAGUGCGCUUGAGAAAAUAUACCUUUUCUCACGGAGUCCGUCGGGCUUCCACCGCGUGUUCAUUGCGCAUGCACUCCCCCGCUAUCUUGGAUCUGACGCGGCGUCUGACGCCCAGUACCCAAGUAGAGAGGAGGCGGAGCAGAUCAGCCCCGGCGAGGCGGUCGAGUAUGUGCUGCCGCUCCUCAACGGCCUCGCCAUGGACGAUGACGAAGCUGUCAAGGAAGCGCUCGCUGCGGAGCUCGUGCCUAUCAUUUGGUGGUUUAUCACUCACUGCAGGCUCGUCGAAGAUGACUUCAUCCCGCCGUCUGUAUCCUUCUCGCCCUUGGCGUCCCCCGUCGAACCGAUUACUCCUCCUGCCAUUCCUCUUCCCGCAGUCGACCAUCCACCACCCGCUGCGGAAGUCGAAUCAGUGCCUCCGACCCACCCGACGUUCAUCUCCGUGCAAGCAUUCACCCCCAUCCUCGGCAUGCUCCUGCUUAGCCAGAACGGCUUCGUCGGGGGGCCCGCGCGCUAUGCUGUCGUCGAGCUGCUCAAGCGCGUGCGGCACGCCGACGAGCGCGAGUACGAGGGGUCCGCGUAUGUUGCAGCGGCCACCGCGAAACUCCGCAACGCAAAGCUCGGUCCGGGCCUGUUGCUCAAUGUCAGGGCAGCUGCCGAGCAGGAGAUACCUGAUGCGCUCGACGUAGGCCUACUUGGGUAUGCUGAACGCCGUCUCUUCGAGCGCGAGAUCGUGCACCAGGUGGUGAUCGGGAUGGGUCGCCUCGAUAUGCCCGACGAUAGCGCCUCGAUCUCGAUAGAUGGAGGUGAGAGUGAGAGUUCGGCGAUGGACUUGGAUUCGCCUUCUGCGACUUAUAGCCCAACGACCGCUGUGCCUACCCCGCUCGCUGGCGCGCAGCAGCAGCAAGAUUCUUAUUUUCCGUUGUUUGAGACUGUCUCUUCGCCCAUACCUGUGGCGAACUCGUUCUUCCCCGAAUCUUCCCCUGGGGAGUUCCCUGUGCGAAAUCAGGACAAUUUCACGCCUCCCACGCCGAUGUCCGAGGUGCCCUCGUUGUCUCCCUUGUCAUCCACGUCUGCAUCUACACCACUGUCCGCGUCGUCCGUGUCGUCGUCCUCACUGGACUCGCCCGCUUCACACCCGCGGGCUGACUUACCUUCGUGGGACGAGUCUGAGCAAUAUAUGUCUCCUCGGCCGCGCGUGGAGGAAAUCAACGUCGAAUCGCGGACUGUAGAAAAGCGGCGCCCGCCCAGCCCGAGACCCGCCUUGGCAUUUCCCGCGAUAUUACCGGCGCCGCAUAUUCCUGCGGAGGGUAUUAAUAUCGCGGACGACAUUGAGCUGCGGGAUAAUGUGCACAUGGAGGACGAGUGGCAGACCCCUGCUCAGCAGGAGGGUGGGGAUGAUAUCCAGAUGCAGGAUAUCACCGGAGAAUACGGUGCUUCGGGUGAGCAUGAAGAUGCAGAGGGUCAUGACAGCCUCAGUGAAGAAGCUGCCGUAGGCCGUCUGUCGAGCAUGAGCCUUGUGGCUGCCGUGACUGCCAGUGCGGUUGACACCGAUGAUAAUACUCUUUCUAACUUCCAUCCCCGCUCUUUCUACCCAACAGGUGCGAUGGGGCACGAGAUGUGCGACGCGUUCGUCGCGGAGGUGGAACGUGUGGGCCGCGAUCCGGUAUACUGGGUGAGGAGGGAGGCAACGUUCGCGGUGGGCGCGCUAGCAAAGGUCGUUCCUGACGAAGUUGUUGUCUCGUCUUUGCUCCCCCUAUUCGAGUCGCUCUGCCAAGACGCGACCUGGCAUGUCCGGCACUCUGUGCUCUUUGCUCUACCCGCAAUCCUGUCGCGCCUCGGGCUGGAUGAACGCCGCGCCCUCGCGCUCGACGUUAUGCUUCCGCUCGCGCGCGACGAGUCUCCCACAGUUCGCUCUGCGGUGCUCGAGGCGCUGGGUGAGGUGAUGCACACCUUCACCGACGAUUUGGAGGGCCCACCACGCGCACUGCUUGACCUCUUUCUCGGUGUCCGCGACGAGACCCUAGCCAUUGAGCAACCUCUGCCCUCUGGCCGCCCGCCGGGACCGUUAGCGUCCGACGUAUCAGAGUCCGGCUCGAGUUGGAGCGAGUUCAGUGUGGGAGUGGGCUCAGAUACGGACAUCUACGAUGACCCCGCGCGCCCGCUUGUGUGCGCGUUUAAUUACCCGGCAGUCGCGCUAACGCUCGGGCGUGCCCGAUGGCCGGAGCUACGCGAGCUGUACCGCACGCUUGCACGCGAUGCGUCGUUCAAGGUGCGCCGCACGCUGGCGGCGUCGCUCGGCGAGCUCGCGAACAUCAUUGGCUGGGAGCACGCGCGCGAUGACCUGAUGCAGGUGUGGGCAGCGAGCGUGAGCGCCGCAGAGAGCGAAGUGCGUUUGAAGGCGGUGGAGAAUGUGGACGUGUUCUUGUGCGCAAUCGGAGAGUCAGAGAGGAGGGAGGUUGUGAGGACUCUCGAGCUGGAGUUUCGUGCUGGGCGAAUGAAGGGUUGGAGAGAACGGGAGGAGCUGGCGAAGAAGCUGGAAGCGUUUGUGGUUAUUGAGGGCCUCGAGAAGGCUACCCUGCGGAGGUUGCUGAUGGCCGCGCUGGAAGACAAUGUUGCGGCGGUAAGAGAAGCCGCAGUCGAUGUAAUCCCCGCGUUUAUGAAAACAUGGAGGCCGCACCCAGAGGUACUCGCAGAGCUCUGCUCCGAUAUCGGGGCACUGGCCCUGUCAGAAUCGUUCCGCAAACGGACAACGUAUAUCAGAUGCCAGCAAGUACUCAUUGUCUCGAACCAGGGUGAUGUAGUCAUUACCGAUGAUGCAUUUUGGGAGGCGCUCUCCGCCCUCGUGCAUGAUCCAGUGGUAGACGUCCGCAUUCAUGUUGCUCGAUUGCUUGGAAGCGUUUCUGAACGCUACUACGAUAACCCCCUCGUUCUCGAGAGAAUAUCGGCUUACGCGCAACACCUGGAGCACGACACCUCGCAUGACGUCCGCGCGUUUGCACAUUCUGUGCUUGCUCACACCGUCGCACUUCCUGUGGCGGGACCUCCGGAAGCGACGAAGAGUGCAUUCAUGUUCUCCCGUCCACCGCCUCCGUCGCCCAGUUGA